CCACUCCAAAACCAGAGCGCAAAGCAGAACGGGAGAGAGGCAGGCCAAAACCCCUCUGUCUUCGCCAAAACCCCAAGAAAACCUCAACCAAACCACCCUUCUCUCCCUUUACACCGAUCUGUUCUAAAGCAAGAGCAGAGGGGGAAGAAGGAAGGAGAAGACAGAGGAAGAAGCAGAGCAAAAGAAGCAGCAGUUCUGCCUGUUGGGAGAGAUAGAGAGGGGGAGGAAGGGCAAGCUUUUUCAGGGUUUGGGUUGGAAUGCAGCAGCAACACCUGAUGCAGAUGAACCAGAGCAUGAUGGGGGGCUAUGCUUCCCCUACCACUGUCACCACUGAUAUCAUUCAGCAGUACCUGGAUGAGAACAAGCAGCUGAUCCUGGCCAUCCUUGACAACCAGAACAACGGGAAGGUGGAGGAGUGUGCACGGAACCAAGCUAAGCUCCAGCAGAACCUCAUGUACCUUGCCGCCAUUGCCGACAGCCAGCCUCCGCAGACGGCGUCGCUGUCCCAGUACCCGUCGAACCUGAUGAUGCAGUCCGGGCCGCGGUACAUGCCGCAGCAGUCGGCGCAGAUGAUGUCCCCGCAGGCGCAGUCGCUGAUGGCGGCCCGGUCGUCGAUGAUGUACGCGCAGCAGCAGGCCGCCAUGUCGCCGCUCCAGCAGCAGCAGCAGCAGCAGGCGGCCGCCGCGCAGCACGGGCACGGCCAGCAGCUGGGCAUGUCCUCCGGCACCACCAGCGGCUUCAACAUCCUCCACGGCGAGGCCAGCAUGGGCGGCGGCGGCGGCGGCGGCGCGGGCAACAGCAUGAUGAGCGCCGGCGUCUUCUCCGACUACGGCGGCCGCAAGGAAGGGUCGGCCUCGCAGUCGGCCGACGCGCGCGGCGCUAACUCCGGCGCGCACAGCGGCGACGGGGAGUACCUCAAGGGCACCGAGGAGGAAGGCAGCUAGGUCAACCUGGCACUGGGCACUGGCAUUGCAGCAGCAGGACGAGGCGAUUAGCAGAAGGUAGUCUUCGAGGAGUAGCAGCAGCAGCAGUACGUAGGUGGUUGUGGUGGCUAAGGUUAGGCGUGCGUGUGUUCCAUGGAACCUGGAGGUGGUAGUGGCCUGCAUUCUGCAUUCUGCGAUGCAAAAUGCAGGUUCGCUUGUUUUGGAUAUGCAUGGCAGGUUCUUGAUCCUAAUCCCUAAGACGUAGUACUAGUAUGGAAUGAUGCAUUUCGGGUUGGCUUUGAUCUCGCUUGGUGGUGAACUCUUGGUAUGUAGUGCUGAAUGCUCAUGGCGUUUACUUCUCACUUGGCUUGUUAGUUUGUGUCAUCGACUCAUUGGUCCAUCAUAUGUAACGAUGCUUGCUCAAAUUUGGAUGGAUCUGAAUAUCUAGUUUCAUUUUACCAAA